ACAUUCUAAGUACCAUUAGUAUUUAACAAGAAAUAUAGAGGAUAUGUUACUACUAUAAAUAACAUUGGGAAAGUUAUGUUUAUAGGCUUCAAGAGACAUAUAUGAUUUUUGAAACCAUAUAAUUGAAAUAUAGGUUUUAUCUAGUAAUAAAAAAAAUAUUAUAGAUUUCAUGUACUAUUUAUUGUUUAUAUUUUAAUUUUCAAAAUUACCUUUUAUUUUUUAAAUUUAUGAAAUAUUAUAUAUAUUUUUUUUGCUUUUUUUUUUUUUUCUCCCUUAUCUGCCGCCGCUGCUGCCGCUGCUGCCGCCGUCGCCGCUCCCCCGUUCGUUUUCCGGGAACCAUGCAAACCAAAAAAAUUGCUUUUUUUUUUUGGCUCCUGUGUUUUCUGGAUCUCCUCCCUCAUUCUUUUUCCUGGAAAAUUCACCCUCGUUUGAUUUCCGAGAAAAUCCAUACAAAAACCCCCAAGGAAAACAAAAAAAAAUUGCUUUUUUUUUUGCUUCCGUGUUUUCAACUCCGUCGCCGCCGCCCUCUCCUUCCCCCCCCCCCCCCCCCCCCCCUCUCCCCCGGCAUUCGUUUUCUGGGAUGAUUGCUUCUCCCGUUUUUUGCUCCUGUGUUUUCUGGAUCUGCUGCCGCCGUCCCCCCCUCCGGCAUUCGUUUUCUGUCGCCGCCCCGCCCCAUCCUCGUUUGCUUUCCGAGAAAAUUCUUGCAAAACCCCCAAGGAAAACCAAAAAAAUUGUUGUUUUUUUGCUCCCCAUUUUUUGGAUCUUGGAUCUGCCGUGCGCCCCCAAGAGAAAAAAAAAAAAAAAUUCCGGUAGGGUGACACUUAACCCCCAAGAGAAAGAAAAUUAUUUUCCGGUAGAGGCUUUAAGGGUAAUUUCAAAACCUAUAUUUCAAUUAUAUGGUUUCCAAAACCAUAUAUUUGUCGUAUGGAAGCCUAUAAACACAACUUUCCCAAUAACAUUUAUUUUCUUAUUUUUUAAUAUUAUAGAUUUUACAUGAUGGGCUAGUGCGAUCUGGGCCGGCCAACUUACAAGCCCAUCUCCAAAACGACAAGGGAAGAAAAAUUCAAAACCCAAACCUAAAACCCCACCGAGGAAGAGCUGUCAAACCCUCCCAUGGCGGAUUCAGAUUCGAAGCCGAAACAGAAACACACAAAGAAGAAGAGAAAGUUAAAAGUCCCAGAGGAUGAUCGAAGACCUUCCAAAACGCAGCGUUUCGAUUUUCUAGAGAAAGAGAAAGAGAAAGAUGCAAAAGAAGAACGCCCGAUUCGGAGGCCAGAAGAAGGUCGUCCGUGGGGGAAUCUGCAGCUGAUUUUAUCAUUACAGAACAAAGAAAUUCUUCUUCAAGAGAAGGUCCAGCUUGCAUAUGAUUUUGUUGCUACAAGAGCCACAGAAGAAGAGGAGGACACUGAGCAAGGUUUUGAAACAGUGAGCCUUUCACGAGUAAUUAUUUUCCUGAAUGAUUGGAUCCAGUCAUUGUUGAUUUCUUCGGAAAAGAAAAGUAAGGUUGAUUUGGACAAAACUCAGUUCCAAGUUGUUGGGACAUGUUUGGAUUUUAGAUGCUGGGAGAUUUUUAAGUUCUGUUUAGAGGAGUCUUUGGAACGGCAUGUUCCACUAAACAUCUCACGAAACUUGUUAAAAGCUAUUCAUUGCAUUGCAAGGAAUGCAUUAUCCCAACUGAAUGAUGCAUCUUUGCAUGCAAAGGAGUCAUUUUUUAUUGUUGAAGGGUUUGAAUUGUAUGGUACUGUUCUUAGUUGUGUUUCACUGGUGUUCUCAUCUCAUAAUGGUUUGUCAAAUGAAAAUUUAGACUUGUGGAUUUCAACUGUUGAUGCCGUGCUUGAGCUUGUUCACAAAAUUUACACCGACAACAUAGCAGGUGGCAACGCGGGCAAAUUUGUCCUGCAGUUCUCAUGUUUAGUACUUGAGCCAUUCAGCAAGUUUUUGAGGGUCCAUCCAUGUCGUAAAAAUGGUUUUCAUGAUUUCGUGGAUAAACUUCUUGAGCUGCUACUGCAUUUGUUGGGUGUCUUAAAUCUUCAGGCUGAUGGAAAUAAUCCUGGAUGGACAAGAGACCUGUUGAAGUUGGUUGAAGAGGUUUUAUCCCAUGGGCUGUUUCAUCCAGCCCACAUUGAUGGGUUUCUCAGCUUACAUGGUAAAGAAAAGCAUGGAAAAGAAUAUGAUGGGCAAUCAGAAGAGCCAAAAAUGGUUGUUAAAAGUUAUCACAGACAUUUGUUUGAUAAACUGGAAAAAAUUGUGGCUGCCAAGAAGGUAUUACCAUUGAGUGGCAUAGGAGAACUAUUUCAUUUGCUUGUUGUUCAAGUAAAAAAGCAAAAAGGAGCCUUGGUGUUGUCAGAAGGUACCAAGAUUGUAGGGAAGACGGUAGGUUUCAUUCACUCGGAAGAUUAUUUUUCUGGUCAUAUGUCUAUGAUGUUUGCUGGGAACCAUAGUGUGCUUUCUGAAAACAGUUAUUUGUCAAGUAGUUUGAAUUCAGAGACAAGGAAGUCUCUUUUUGAUUUUUUUGUACAGAUUAUGGAGCCUUUGCUGUUUCAGAUAAAAGGCUAUCUCCAAACCAAACUGGAAGUGGGACCUGCAUUAUUGGAUGUUCAUUGUACUCUCAAAUCUACCAAUAAGUUACUUGCUAGCUUUAUGCAUGAGAAGGUUUAUGUACAAACAGAAGAUACCCAUGAAGGAGCUUGUCUUAAUUUCUUGAAGGUGGUUUACGAUAGGAUCAUGUCAUUUUCGGUCGAAAUAAAUCAAAUGUGGCUGUCAACGGUUGAUGCAGACAAGGGGAUACAUGUUGAUACUUUAAAUUUAAUAGGCAAGGAGCUUAUUGCUGCAUUAGGUUAUUUCUUGGAAAUUGAUUAUGAGGUUAUUGGUAAUGAUUUAGUAAGCUUAUGGCUCAUGAUGCUUUCAUUCUUGGCCAUUGGCCUUUCUUCAAUGGACAUGUCAGAUCAAUCUUCUUUAUCUUCAAAGAUGGUGGAUGUUGGUUGCCAGCUGAUAAACCUCUAUAGUGAACUUCGACAGGUGAAUAAUGCUAUUUUUGCACUCUGUAAAGCAGUGAGGCUUUUGGUAUCACAUGAUAGUGAUUGUGAACUGAAUUAUUCUGGAUUUAUGUCCUGCACAAAUUCUGCAUCCUAUGAAGCAUGUGCAAAAUCAGUGGAAAUGUUAUUGUGCUCGCAAGAGUUCAAAUUUGCCAUUUAUAAUGCUAUUAGAUCUAUACCAGAAGGGCAAGCAAGUGAAUGUGUUCGACAAUUAACAACAGAUAUUUCAGAUUCACUGAAGUGGAUGAAAACAAGUUGCUCUGUGGCUUCUGGAAAAGAAUCUGGAAACGCAAAGCAAAGUGGUAGCCUACUGGGUUUUGAUCUGCAAGUGGAACUUCUGGGAAAAGGUUUGGCAGAAAUAUAUACACUGGUGCUAGAUUCUCUGAAUGUCACAACAGGUAAUAGUAGUCUCUUAGGAGUUUCUAUAGAGGGCCUAAUGACAGUUAUGCGCCCUGGCAUGAGUAGUCUGGUUGCACUACAGCUAGAUGGUGUCAAUGAGUUCAUUUCUGCUGUCACAGAAAGAAUCUUCUACAACAGGGUGGCUGAAUGCAAAAAUGAUUUCAGAAAAUUAAGAGCAUCCACUCAGUGGAUCUUUGUUUUAUUCUUUCGUUUGUACAUGUCCUGUCGAAGCUUAUACAGGCAAUCAAUCAGCCUUGUGCCUCCAACUUCAGCAAAAAAGAUGUCUGCAGUAAUGGGGGACUUCUAUAUAGCACACACUGGAAGGGAUUGGGUGGAGAAAACUGAUUGGACGGAACAAGGCUAUUUUUCUUGGAUUGUCCAACCUUCUGCUUCCCUUCCUAAUAUUAUACAAUCUAUUUUAGACCUUUAUCCUCAGGAUAGAGUUGUAACUUGCUCUCCUCUGGUUUAUGUGUUGCACACCAUGGCUCUUCAGAGGCUUGUUGAUUUGAAUAGGCAGAUUAAAUCAUUUGAGUAUUUACUGCAGAGUAAUAAUAAGUUAGUCCAAGAAAAGUUAAUGGAUGAUGAUGGCUUAUCACAGUGUCAUGAAAAAGACAUAAAGUCUAAUAAAAAGAAAAGCAGAAAGUGGAAACGUUUUAUUGCUGUUUUGAGGGAAGAGGCGACGGGCCUUACUGAUUUCAUGAUGGGAUCUGUCUCAUUAGUGACCAAAAAGCAACAGUGUUUCUCCAGUUUUGAUGAUACAACUUGUAAGGAUACAUGCGCCAAAGCUCUUCAUGAGGAUGAUGCAUGGGAUUUGGGUGUUUGUGCUGUGAAUGAGAUAACAUUGCCCACUGCAAUUUGGUGGGUUCUUUGCCAAAAUAUUGAUAUUUGGUGCACUCAUGCUGCUAAGAAGAAGUUGAAGACGUUCCUCUCACUUUUAAUAUGUACUUCUCUUCCUCAUAUUGGAAGCAGUUUUGGAGAGGUUAAAAAACACAACACCAAUGAACCUGGCUAUCAGAGGAAAGUAUCGGUGGGGCAAAUCUCGAUGGAACUUCUAAGUGACACCACUCUGUAUGAACAAAAAUUUGUUUGCAGGCACAUUGCAUCAAGGUUUUGCCGUAAUCUGGAGAAGUCAUUAUCACCAUUACUUAGUGAUGCAGCAUACAGAGAUUUUGACUUCAAUUCAUCACCCAAUUGGCAAGAGGUUUUAAGUGCCUUUGACAACUUAUCAGUGGUUGUUUCAGGCGCCAAGUAUGUAACUAAUGAUUGUGCUUCAGUGGCAGAACUGACUUCUCAUCUAUCUAAUAGGCUGCCUACAGAAUUUAAUGAGGAAAAGAAAGCCUUUCUUUUACAGAGCAUGGAAUUUACAGCUUGUCAAAGUUCGCUUAAUCUAUUGUGCUGGAUGCCAAAAGGAUAUUUAAAUUCUAGAUCAUUCUCCCUUUAUACAACUUGUAUUCUCAACCUUGAAAGGUUUGUGGUUUGCAGGUUAAUAAAGUGUCAUUGUGCAUUAUGUUCCCAUAAUCAUUAUGAGCUUUACAGAUUGUUUUUGUCUUGCCGGAGGACCUUGAAACAUCUGAUAAUGGCAUUUUGUGAGGAGAAAAUGGAAGCUAGUCAAUCCUCACUUACUUCAAUAUUUCCUGAGGUUUCAUUUCCUGUUUUAUGGCUUUUAAAGUCAGUAUCUGUGAUGGUUGGGCUUCAACACACAUUUUCAGAGGAUAGAGCUAGCCAAUUUAGAUAUAUGUCCUUCUCAUUGAUGGAUCAAACCUCAUAUGUGUUUUUGAUGUUUAGCAAAAGUCAGUUUAGUCAUGUGGUUCACUUCAGUAUGAAUGUGAAGAAGUCUUGUGCAGAACAACUUAAUUCUGAUCUUGUCCAUGAGGAGAGUCAUUUAACUGAAACUGAUCCUUGUUCGGAUUCCUCAAAAGCUGUUGAUGCAUGGAAAAAUGUGGUCCUUGUUGCUGAAGCCUUAAAGGAACAGACAGAAAAUCUUCUCAUCUCUCUAAAGGAUGCCCUUUGUAACAAGAGGGUGGAAGUUGGAACUGUGGAUUUAAAUAGAUUAUCUUCUCUAGUGUCAUGCUUUCAAGGGUUUAUGUGGGGCCUUGCAUCUGCCAUGAACCAUAUAGAUGUGAAGGAGUGUGAUGAUGAAAUGAAAUUGUUGAAAUGGAAGAAUGAACCUUUCUCCAAACUCAACCUUUGUAUAAAUGUCUUCACAGAUUUUAUUGAUUUUUCCUUAUGCAUGUUUCUUAUUGAGGAUGAUCAACAGCCUGAAGGUUUAGGUGGUGCUCAAAAUCUUUCUGGGUUGGACCAGAAAAAUGACUGUUCACUUGAACCCUAUGGUGGUGAGAAUGAUAUUUCAUGUGCUAACAAGCAACAGAAAUCCAAAACUGCAAGGAGCUCAGGAUCAUUGCACAUCGACAAUGAUUCUGAAAAUACUGGUGGUCAAGAAAUGAGGUUGCAGUUGGACAGUGCAGUCUGUGCUACCAAUUUCCUGUCUGAUGUUGAUUUGUUUGAGCUACGACGAUUAAAUAGGCCUUUGCUGCGAAGCUUGUUAAAAGGUGAUAAUCCUGAAGCAGCUUUUUUUCUCAGAGAGUUAUUUAUAGCUUCUUCAGCUAUUCUGAGGCUAAAUUUGCAGAUCAACUGUAUUCCCUUAUCAUCAUGCUUUGUGCCUAUUUUUAAUGGCAUUUCACAACUUUUGUUAUUGGAAUUGGCAAACAUGGCUGAUGUGCCACAGCCAAUUUCUUUGGUGUGGUUAGACGGUGUUUUAAAAUAUCUGGAGGAAUUAGGGAAUCAAUUUCCUUUAACUAAUCCUACCUUGUACAGAGAUGUUUAUGCCAAGCUGAUAGAUCUUCACUUGAAGGCCAUAGGAAAAUGCAUUUCUUUGCAGGGGAAAAGAGCUACUCUAGCAUCCCAUGACGCAGAGUCAAGUACCAAGACACUCGACAGUCAUGUAGGAUUAUCUGAUGCAUCUCUUUCUCAUGGGCCAUAUUGCUUCGAUGAAUUUAAAUCAAGGUUGAGGAUGUCAUUCAAAGUGUUUAUAAAGAAGCCAUCAGAGUUGCAUUUAUUAUCUGCUAUACAGGCUUUAGAGAGAGCACUAGUUGGAGUACAGGAAGGCUGCAUGGUGAUCUAUGAUGUAAAUACUGGAAGUGCACAUGGGGGAAAGGUUUCCUCAAUCACUGCAGCUGGCAUUGACUGCUUGGAUUUGGUGCUUGAAUUUGUUUCAGGACGCAAACGAUUGAGUGUGGUUAAAAGACACUUAAAGAGCUUAAUUGCUGGCCUGUUCAACAUAGUUUUGCACUUGCAGAGCCCUUUUAUAUUCUAUAGGAAAUUGAUCCAUAAUAAAGGUCAGACUGAUCCAGAUCCUGGCUCAGUUAUUCUUAUGUGCAUUGAGGUACUGACAAGAAUUUCUGGAAAGCAUGCUCUGUUCCAAAUGGAUCCUUGCCAUCUACAGCAGUGUUUGCGGAUACCUGCAGCACUUUUUCAAUCUUUCCGUGGGCUUAGACUUUCUGAUGCUCCAGCUUCAUAUAAUUUUUUUAUGUUUUCUGACAACCAAGAUAAUGGUUCUCUGGAAAGCAUGGAUUCUUGUACUGUGGAUCGACAAUUCACAAUAGAUCUAUUUGCUGCAUGCUGCAGAUUAUUGAAUACCGUUCUUAAGCAUCAUAAAAGUGAGUGUGAGCAAUGCAUUGCUCUUCUUGAAGAUUCGGUUUGUGUUCUCCUUCGUUGUUUAGAGACGGUGGAUGCUGAUUCAGUGGUCCGAAAAGGUUAUUUUUCAUGGGAAGUAGAAGAGGGAGUAAAGUGUGCUUGUUUUCUUCGAAGGAUUUAUGAAGAGAUGAGACAGCAAAAGGAUGUCUUUAGGCAGCACUGUUUUAAGUUUUUAUCCAAUUACAUAUGGAUUUAUUCAGGAUAUGGCCCCCUUAAAACAGGCAUCAGAAGGGAAAUUGACGAUGCUCUGAGACCAGGAGUUUAUGCCUUAAUAGAUGCUUGCUCAGCAGAUGAUCUUCAAUAUCUUCAUACUGUGUUUGGAGAGGGUCCUUGUCGAAGCACUCUAGCAACUUUGCAGCAUGAUUACAAGCUGAACUUCCAAUAUGAAGGAAAAGUUUGACCUAAGUUCUUUCCCCGUGCCAAGAAAUCGUAUUUAUUUGUUCCCAGCAAUUCUUAUAACAUAAUGAGGGAACCAAGUGGUAACAAUACCCUGGAGAUAGCAUAAUAUGAUCCUAAAAUAUCAUGGAAGCAUGAUGAUCAUGAUUCUCCAUGCCCCAAAUCCCCUGUGGAAGUUCGAAGUGGCAUGUCUGGGUUGUGACAUUGGAUGGUUCCACAGUUGUUCUGGGUUAUGAUAUUGACAUUUGCUCAGUUGUGGCCUUUGUAAAUGAGAUCCAGCUGAAGCUGUAGACAAGGAAUCAAGAAAAAAAGCGAUAUCUUUCUCAUUCUGCAACCAAUAUUCAGCUCAUUUUGUAAGUUCCAUGUGUGUAUAUAUAUGUAGACAAAGAAUACAUACUAUAUAUCUUGGUUUUUCAACAAUGCAAAUUUAAUUUUAUUGGUGUCUUUUACAUUUCAUGUAUUCACUGACAUCAUCAACAUUCUAGUAAUGCAACCCUGAUUUUUAUAGAUCGAAGUUUCCUUUUCUUAGAUGAUGUGUGCUCAAUUCUUGUUUAAUCCUUAUCUUCUGAUGGAUUGAUAAUUGUAAUUAUCGGUAACUUGUGUUAAUCAACCUUGGAUUUUUCUCGAAAAAGGUGCAGUCUUUUCUGGAUCCAGAUGAUUGAUUAGUUAGAGACCCUACCCAGAUUUUGGUUGCCCAAGAAAAAGCCAAAGGAGCAAGGGAGCCCCAUCUUUAUUUAAUGAAGGGCCACGUAUGCUAGGCAGGUGUUAACUUGUACCUACCAUCAGUCAUCAACCACAAAAAUCUAAACAAGAAACAUUGAAUGCAAGAGAUGUGAUAUGGACAUCAAUGAUUUAGGGUUUCAUGUGACUAUGAAAUGAUAGAAAAACUAGUAAAUUAGUGUGUUUAGUGGGAUUUUUAGCAGUGGGAUAAGCACUCACUGUGAGCUGAAAAAUAAAAAAUCUGGUAUCCACCAAUAGGUCUCAGUCACAUGUCAUCUAUCAUAUAAAUUUGGAUGGGCUCUAUUAUAUAUGUAGCAUUUUUUUAGGUAUCUUUAAUACAAUUUUAGUGGAAUUUCAGUCUCAUCAUUAUUAGACUGUCUUCCUGAGAGGAUAAACUUUGACCUAGUGUGAUGACUCAGUGGGUACAUUGUUGUUCAUUAUCCAUCAUUUUUAGCAUUUAUUUGAAAACUAGUUUUGAAAACAACCCUUUUUCUUUAGAAUAUAAACCAGUUUUGUAACUUCAAAAAAACAAGAGAAUAUGAAGAAUAGUUUAGGAAUUUUUAUAUUAUACAUAAGUGAAGAAUGUUUUUAUGAAGAAUAAGCUAGAAAAAUUGAGUUCUCAAAUAAAAUUCUGUUCCCAAAAAUAAUUAAAAAUUGUUUUUAAAAGUUGUCAAAAUUUGUUUAUUUUUUCUGUUGAGAAGUAUAUUUUGAUAAUUGUUAGCGUAUCACUGGAUGUCUUAAAGUUUCGGGAUUAAAAUUGAUAAUUUAACAUGAUAUAUAUCUUACUUAGCCCACAUGGAGCCAAGAUGCAAGUUAGCCUUCCCAUGAGUUGAUGUACCUAAAACUUGAUAUAAAUUAUAUUUAUGCUAGUCAUUUUCUAGAAGUAACAUUAAGAACAUAACUUGAUAUAUAUGACAUAUUACUGAAUUUAUACGAUAAGUAAAUAAAGUAACUUGUUACUAAGAUUAAAGCAUUUUCCAAGCAUAAUUCAAUAGGUUCCCACCUACCAAAUCAAACUCUCUUGAUUGCUAUAAAUAACUGCUCUGCUUUCAUCAAGGGGCCUCUUAGAACUGGUGCAGUGGCCAAAAGGCCCUUCAUGGCCUACAGAAGAAGAAGCAUAGCCUCAUCUAUUGCAGAUGUCUUUACUAUAAGUCCUCUGCCAUACCCAGUUCUCCUUAUUCUAGCAGUGAUCUUAAUCUUCUUUUCUAUAUCAUGGUAUGUCUCUUAUGACUCAAUUAUAGAAGCUGCAGAAGUGCAGAUGAGUUGGGCGCUAUUAGCCAUUCCUAUACUACUUCUAAUGGCAGUCCACUUGGUGUCAUCCAUGGAAAAUUCUGACCUCUUCUCUGCUUCCUCGCCCUAUGGUUAUCGCCGCCGCAGCUACCAUAGUCCUCAGGAAGGCAGCUCUCCAUGGGGCGUGGCUGCUUUAAUUGUGUUGUUGCUUAUUAUGGUGCAAUACCAGUCUGUGUUCCAUGAUAGCUGGCUUGUUUAGUAUGUUAAUUGUUACUGAGUAUGAUGUGUUUAGGUUGAAAUAUGUGAUUUGAAUAACUGGGUUUUGUGUAUAAUAUGACUAUAGUGAGUUAAAUUAUCUGUUUUUAGGGUUUGGAUUCUUGGCUUAUGAAUCUGGUCUAAUUGCAGACGUUUGAUGCUUUUGAUUA